GUGAGUUUUUUAAUUUACUAAAAUAAAAUGGCUCACAUGCCUCCAUUCCGAUUAAAUGUCCCUAAUCUGGGACCAGAUAUUACUGGACCUCCAAGUAACCCUAAAAAGAGGAGGAAAAAUAAUCAAGCAGCUCCAAUACAGACACCCCCAAAUGUGCAAGAUUUAUUGCCACCUCCUUUGACUGGCUAUGGGGACACUAUAGUUGCUUCCAACCCUUUUGAUGACUGUCCGAGUACGGUAAAUAAUAUAACUAUGAGUCGAGGACCACAAAUGGGUAUGGGCGGCCCUAAUAUGGGUAUGUCCCCAAAUAUGGGAUGUUCUAUGGGGAUGGGCAGGCCUCCAAUGGGUCCAGGUAUGGGGCCCAUAGGAUCACCAAUGAUGCAUAGUCCAAAUGCUAUGGGGAACCCAAUGAUGGCUAACGGACCCCGAAUGGUAACAGGACAUAUGGGACCAAGUUCAGGUCCACAUGGACCACCUCACAUGAUGAAUAGUCCGAAUGGUCCUGGGCCGAUGCAUUCUAUGACUGGUCCUCCUAUGCACAGUCCUAUAGGAACAAUGGGUCCGAUGGUGGGUAACUGUGGUCCUAUGGGUGGUUCAAUGGGUGGACCCAUGAAUGGACCUAUGAAUGGCGGUGGUCCAAAUAACCAAAUGAAUGGACCAAUGAACGGUCCAGUUAAUGGACCAAUGAGUAGCCCGAUGAAUAGUCCAGGACCUAUGGGCGGGCCUCAUGGUCCAGGCGGUGGUCAUGGUCCAGGGGGUGGAAUGGGUCCAAUGGGCGGACCAAAUGGACCAAUAGGACCUCCAAUGAAUAAUAACAAUUUCAUGAUGUCACCAAUGAAUAGCAUGUAUUCCAAGCCAAUGCCAGUGAGUGCAGGAAAAGUUUAUCCAGCUGAUCAACCCAUGGUUUUUAAUUCACAGAAUCCAAAUGCGCCUCCUAUCUACCCCUGUGGAAUUUGUCAUAAAGAAGUCCACGACAACGAUCAAGCAAUCUUAUGCGAGAGUGGCUGUAAUUUUUGGUUUCACCGUGGCUGUACAGGAUUGACAGAACACGCUUUCCAACUGUUAACGGCCGAAGUAUACGCAGAAUGGGUUUGCGAUAAAUGUUUAUCUACUAAAAAUAUUCCCUUGGUAAAGUUCAAACCUUAGUAUCCCAUCUUCGUGAGAAGCGUAUAGGAAAUAAAUAAUUUGGUCGUUUUAGAAAUGUAAAUUUUUUAAAUUUUGACAGUGGUUUCUUAUUUUUGUGCAUUUUGUUCCUAUUUUCUAGUAUAAAACGUAAUACUUAGUUAUUAAAAACAGAGAAACCAGUUGUCAAUUCUAUUAUGUAAAUAAAGUAGAGAUCUAGUUAUUAAAUUUUUUAAUCUCUAGAAAUACGAGGCCUAUAAUAUAUAAUAACUGAAUAACUUUAGUAUGCUUAAAUAAUAAUAUGCAUAAUAAUAUAAUAACAGGCGUAAAAAUCGAUAGAAUUAGUUGGCCAAAUAAAUAUUUCUAAAAUGACUAAAUCUCUUUUUAGGAGAGAAACUUUAUAACAGUAAGUUUCUAGUGAUGUAAAAUUUCCAGAAAUAUAUUUUAGGAAAUAUUUCCGGAAAUAUUUCCUGAAACAUUGGAAAUAUAUGGAAAUAUUGGAAAUAUAUGAAAUAUUUUAAAAAAUAGCAUAAUAGUCAAGCAAGAGGCAUAUCUUCAUUGCUGUCAUCAGCAUCACACUCAACAUCUUCUUGCCAGUCUACUUCCUCAAAAUCUUCAAUAGUAUCGGAAAUAAAAAUUGAUCUAUUGUCGUUGCCUAUUUUCUUCAGCAAGUUUUCAUCGUGGGAUACAUAGAGUAGCUUAGCGACUCUAUCAUUAGUAAGCCUGUUUCUCUUUUUUGAAUGAAUAUGACUAUAAACGCUAAAACUGCGUUCCGUAGCAGCCGAAUAUGCUGGCAUCAUCAAAAUUCGUGAAGCUACUUAUGAUAAUGAAGAUGAAGAACACAGUCCUUUCCAGCAGGAGACUGGGUUAUCAAAACUACUUUUCCAUAUGAAGUUAUUUCCAAAUAACUUACCACUUCUACAACGGUAAUCUGCUAUUUCAUCUAUUAUUUCUUGCUCCUUUAU